AUGUCGUCAAUAGCUUCACUCGAUGCUGCAGCUGCAGCGCGCAAAGAACGUCUUGCAAAACUCAAUUCGUUAAAACGCAAACAAACCGCCUCUACCGAUACAGAUACAGAAAUUCCUGAUGCUCCCGCAUUAGAGGCGCUCUCAAAAUCAUCCUCGCCCUCGGGGGAAAAAGCUACCUCUCACCUUCUCUCUGGGCGCAAUUAUGACAUAGAAUCACGUGCGCCAAAGAUGGGAUUUGCACAAGCCCCAACGGAAGGUGUCGACACUCUAGAGGACCUUGCAGAAGCAAUUGUUACCAAAACUAAGGAGCAACAGCUGGCGGACGAAAAAAAUGAUAAAGCGAUCGACCUUUUUAGCCUACAACCCAAGAAACCGAAUUGGGAUUUAAAGCGAGAUGUUGACAAGAAGCUGGAAAAGCUGGAUAUGAAAACGGAUGUGGCCAUCGCAAAGAUUAUCCGGGCAAGGAUUGAAGAGGCCAAGAAGAAGGUCGAAAACAAAGAACACGGAGAUGAGAUGGAUGGAGUGGAGGGGAACUUAGGGGCGAUGGUUAUGGAGAGGGAGAGGGAAGCCGAAAAGGAAAGGGAAACUGCGGAGGGGGACAGUGAUAGUGAGGAACUAUGA